ACCGUGCGUCGCUUGCAAGGGAAUGUUAUGUCACGGCGCUUCGGCGUAGCUUGAGCCAAAAUGUCGCACCCUCGCUGCAGUUCGUAGUAACCUUCUCCAUUAAACCUUUGGGGGAGGGAUAUACGAAAGCUGUCGAGCAACUACUUCUUCCCCGACUUCUGUGGAAGACUGGAAAAUGGCCUAGUCGUGCCUGGAGGUAUUCUGCAGCUGUCAGAGACGUUAUCGUUUGUUCUUAUGACUAGAAGUAUGUUGAAUUUAGCUUGUGGAGUUUCAUGGCGGAAUCGUGCGUGACGAUGGGGAAUCCAGCGGUUUGGCUAUCCAGUGUUUGUGAGACUGGAUGAAACAGGGGCUCUCCCAGGAGCCCUUUGUGCAGAUUUACCUGCAUUUACUAAAGAGAACCUCUGGGCAGGUUCACACGAGGCUUGGCAGGGUGGAGUUUCUUGACUCAUGGAGAAUUAUUUCCAGGCUGAGGCGUUUAACCUGGACAAGGUGUUGGAUGAGUUUGAACAGAAUGAAGAUGAAACGGAUCCACCAACUCUCUCGGAUGCCAAGUGGACUCAGAUCCUGGCCCCACCGUCACACCUUCUUUCCCUGAACCCUGCAUUAACCCACUCUGACCUCAGCCCAAAGGAAAGCCCUCUCAGCUUCAAGCCACUUCUGAACUCCCACACCUCAGAAAGCUCCUCUUUGGCUGAGGUCACCUGGUUAGAGAGUAAGCAGGGGCUGGGGCAACAGCCAGAGGGCAAGAGCGAGGACCGGACAGCAGAUGUCCACAGUCCUCCGCUGCCCCAGCCCAACAUUGGCAAGUUGGUGAGCACUGACAGACAGUUGCCGGAUGUGGCACUGGAGAACGGCUAUUUAUCUAGUCCUAAUCAUAGUGGUGGUUCUGAUGUGCAAACCAAGGAUGAUACAAAUCAGCCUGUCGCAGAUCAGCAGGGUGUUGUGGAAGGUGAUCUCUCUGAACUUAGGAAGAAGCAGAAGGGUACUGAUGAAGGAAAUGAUGCUGGUGAGUUCGCUCUUCCUAAGGAUGGACCUGGACAUAGGCAGUUGGUUUUGAAGAAUGGUGUCUCACAUGCUGAGAUGGAAGAAAGCAAGACUGUCAGUGGUUCACCUGUAGGUGACCAGGAUGUUGGAAUGAGUGACUGUAAUCUGAAGAGAAGUAAUACCCAGAAAGAAGAAAAAGCCAAUGGUGAUGUAGAAGUGGAUUGUGAGAGAGAAAAUCACGAAGAUGCCGAUGCCUGGGCAUCAAAUCAGGAAGAGAAAGUCAAAUUGUUAGAGAAGGACCCAGAGUUGACGCACAGACUUGAAGCUGCUGAAUCCCCAACUACGGAGAUGUCCCCAUCCAACGGUCUUGUUGUUGACCUUAAUAGAGAUGCAAACAGUCAACCACUGGCGUCAUCAAAGGAAGACUCCAUUACGGAGGAAAAGGAGAUGGAAGAGAGCAAACAGGAGUGUGAUCCAGUUCGAGGUUCAGAUGUUGGCAGACAAGGCAAACUACACAACAGCCGACUGCAACCUGUCAGCGUGCCCUACGGUGGAGCCCGACCAAAACAGCCUGUGAGUCUUAAACUGCAACUUCCCCAGCCUCUGUCGAGUCAAGUCCAGAGUGAUUUUGGCUCCACUGGCAAGAACAAGAACCUGGAGCCACAAUGCAGGACUGAGUCAUCUUGUGGAGGUACUGAGUCUGGACUAGUAAGAAUGAAUGGAGAUACUGGAGACGCUUCUUUAGGUAUCCUUAUCCCCUCGGAGAGUCCUGACAAUGACCUCCAGGCAGGCCAACAAGGAGUUCUCUCAAGAAAACCUUUCAGCUCUUUGGGAGAGGUGGCACCCGUGUGGGUUCCUGACUCUCAAGCACCCAUCUGUAUGAAGUGCGAGGUCAAGUUCACUUUCACUAAACGAAGGCAUCAUUGUCGGGCUUGUGGCAAGGUGUUCUGUGCUGCUUGUUGUAGUCUGAAAAGCAGGCUGAUGUACAUGGACAGGAAAGAAGCGAGAGUUUGUGUCACCUGCCACCGCGCACUUAUGAAUGCUCAAGCAUGGGAGAAUAUGGGAGGUGGCUGCAACCAGAGCCCGAAUCCCAACAACCCAGCCGAGUACUGCUCCACCAUUCCUCCUCUUCAGCAGGCCCAGGCAUCAGGAGCGCUCAGCUCCCCUCCACCAACUGUCAUGGUGCCUGUUGGAGUCCUUAAACAACCAGGCACUGAUGGUUCUGUACCUCGAGAGCAAAGAAGGGUUUGGUUUGCUGAUGGAAUUUUACCCAACGGGGAAGCUACCGACUCUUCAAAAGGGCCUACACCAAACCCCAACCCCUCGCAGCCUGCAACUGUGUCCCAAUAUUCAAGCAAGUCCUCAGGAGGCAGCGCUUCUGAGGUGCCACAUGCCGCCAGAGCCCCGACCACGAGUCCUGUGGGCAGUUCCCUAAGUCUGAUCCCAGAGGACGGGCUUCCUCCCAUCCUCAUCUCCACAGGCGUUAAAGGAGGUACGGGAGGCCACGUCACAGACUAUGCAGUGGAGGAGAGACCUUCUGAGAUUCUGCUUAUGCAGCAGCUGGAGGAGGGGGGUCCUGAUCCUCUGGUGUUUGUUCUCAAUGCAAACCUGCUGGCCAUGGUCAAACUGGUCAACUAUGUAAACAGGAAGUGCUGGUAUAUGACAACAAAGGGAAUGCAUGCCGUGGGCCAGGCGGAGGUUGUAGUGCUCCUGCAGUGCCUUCCUGAUGAGAAAAGCAUUCCCAAGGACAUCUUCAGCCACUUUGUACAGCUCUACCGGGAGUCUCUCACAGGAAAUGUGUUAAGCCACCUGGGCCACUCCUUUUUCACCCAAAGCUUUCUGGGCAGCAAAGAGCAUGGCGGAUUCCUUUACAUCAGCCCCACCUUCCAGUCCCUGCAGGACCUGCCAUUGCCUAACCCACCCUACCUCUUUGGCAUCCUAUUGCAGAAGUGGGAGACCCCCUGGGCCAAGGUCUUUCCCAUCCGGCUCAUGCUCCGCCUAGGGGCAGAAUACAGAUUCUACCCCUGUCCGCUGUUUAGCGUCCGUUUUAGAAAACCUCUUUUUGGAGAGACCGGUCACACCAUCAUGAACUUAUUGGCGGAUUUCCGUAACUACCAGUACACGUUGCCAGUGGUGAAGGGGCUGGUGGUGGACAUGGAAGUGAGGAAGACAUGCAUCAAGAUACCCAGCAACCGUUACAAUGAGCUAAUGAAGGCAAUGAUUAAGUCCAAUGAGCAUGUUCUGGCCAUGGGAGCGUGCUUUAAUGACCGGGCAGACUCCCACCUGGUGUGUGUUCAGAAUGAUGACGGUAACUACCAGACGCAGGCCAUCAGUAUUCAUCAUCAGCCUCGCAAAGUGACUGGUUCUUCAUUCUUUGUGUUCAGUGGGGCUCUGAAGGCCUCAUCCGGAUACACGGCUAAGACCAGCAUUGUUGAAGAUGGCGUGAUGGUGCAGAUAACAGCUGAAACUAUGGAGGCUCUGCGGCAAGCGCUGAAAGACAUGAAAGAUUUCAGUAUUGUCUGCGGGAAAGCUGAUCAAGAAGAGAACCAGGAACAUGUGCAGAUCCAGUGGGUUGAGGAUGACCACAAUGUCAACAAGGGAGUCAUCAGCCCAAUUGAUGGAAAAUCCAUGGAGUCAGUCACCAGCGUUAAGAUCUUCCAUGGCUCAGAGUAUAAGGCUAAUGGGAAGGUCAUACGCUGGACAGAGGUGUUUUUCCUGCGGAGUGAAGACCAGAUUAAUGGCCAAAGCGAUCCUGCAGAUCACAGCCGACUCGCUGAAAAUGUGGCAAGGGCUUUCUGCUUGGCCCUCUGCCCUCACCUCAAACUUCUCAAAGAGGACGGAAUGGCAAAACUGGGUCUGCGGGUCACGCUGGACUCCGAUCAGGUGGGCUACCUAGCUGGCAGUAACGGUCAGCCACUGAUUCCCCAGUACCUGAGCGAUCUAGACAGCGCCCUCAUCCCGGUGAUUCACAGCGGGGCGUGCCAGCUGAGCGAGGGACCUGUGGUUAUGGAGCUCAUUUUCUACAUCCUGGAGAUCAUCUCCUAAAAGGACGAUGUCCGUCCAGACUCAUGACACCCACCAGCUCCAGUUCCUUUUCUCUUUCUCUCUCAUUUGCACUUAAAAGAGCCUGAAAGCUGUGCAGGAAAAACAUCCUCCAUACCACCUAUGCACCAUCUCCACUGGGACGCUCUGCCCAGCCCCUCUGUAUAUGGUGCUUUCCGUUUCUCCUCACCUCUCAACUCCACUGUGGAAAUCAUAGGCCCUGUUGAGUGAAAUGCAGGGUUGGCAACCUGGAAUCAGAUCUCUGCUGAACCCGUUGUAGCAUUCAUUAUCCACUAGAGGGCGCUCUACACUCUCAACCCUAAUGGAGAUUCUCAUGAAGUUGAGAAUAAAAGACAAGAGAGGAGUUUUAGAGGGGAAGGUUUGCUCUCGGUUUCUGGUGCACAGUGCCUGGGCCUCGAUACGAAACAAAGAACGGAUUCCUUCGAGCGUCAGUCUCGCCUCUAAGCUUUAUGAAUCACCAGAUGCUUUAUUUCAUUUCAAUAUGGACCUCAUUUUGUUUUAUUUGUCUUUAUUUUGUAAGGUAGUCAAAAUGCUCCAAAGCUAAUAGGAUGUAGCCGCCUCAAUGUUGGACUGUUUGUCAGGCAACAGAAAGAUCGUGGCACAGUAGGAGUGAUAACUGUUACACGUGUUAAGAACGGACUUCUGUUACAAAAACAUUCUUCUCAAUUGAUUAUUGACUUAAUAUAAGAUCCAACAAUAACAUCAAGUGGCCUUCAGGAAUUCGACUACAGCUCCAAGAUCUACAAAAUGGCAGAUUUUGACACGAAUUAAGUUCUUUUUGUAGUAGAAUGACCUAUGGAUGAUCUGUCACAGCGUUCGUCAUCCUAUACAUCUCGGUCCGUCUCAUUUCUUCUGCAACCUUCUCAUGUUUAUAUAACGUUCUCCCAAUGUUUUUAACAUGUUGUUAUGGAAAGACUAAUGUUAUGAAUAGACUGCUGGAUGAUAAGCCAUCAUUAGGAAAUGGAAUUUAUUGACAUAUAAUCUUAAAAGAUUGACUUCAGAUUUAGAUGAUGUUGAAAGGACAGCCUGGCAUGUGAUUUUCGAACCCUUGAUUUACUUAAAUCAUUUACUCAAUUGAGAUCUCCCAGUGUUAGAUAAUGUUAUGUCCUAAAACUGCAGAGCUGCUUAAACGUUUAUUCGUAUGCUUUAGGUGAGCAGAAAUCUGCAGGUCCUGCCUUGCGAAAUGGCCCGUAACUGUCCACCAUAUUGGUUUACAGUCUUUUACUAACGUGCUAUAGAAAUCAUAUAGAAGGUUUCAUGAGAAGAGCACUCACUUUAUAUGCAUCGCUACUUGUUUUAAGCAGUGUUUUGUGUUUAUCUUGUUUCUUUUUCAUAGAGGAAAUUGUUUACUGUUGUCUUUGGACGGUUGGAUAAUAUUGGCAAUCACCAAAAAUUCCAAUACAUGGGGCUGUUUGUAUGUCACUGUGGAUCACAUUUUUAAAAUAAGAGCAUUUACUUGAAAAUGCCCAAAAUCGAUAGACUUCAUUUGUAGCCGUGUGCCCAAAAUUCAAAUGGAGUUAUUGUCAAUCAUAGCUAAAAACACUGUGACAGGGUGUUUUAACCGUACAUAAAGCCCUGUCUAGUUACCUGGUCAGAAUCAUAAAUGAAGAAACUAGUAUGACAAUCAAAUUGUAGCUAAUCUUUCAAUCAGAGCAUCGGACAGGAAGGAAAGGUGCCGUGGUAACAUAACAUGUUUUGCAUAUUGACUUUUAAGUGUCAGAUGGUUUAGCAGAAAUGCUGUGAGCUCAUGAUGUUGAAUGAGAACGUUGUUUCUGGUUGUGCAGACAUCUUUGGGCUGUUUAUUUAAAAUGCAUUCAGGAAGGCUGCAUUGUCUUACCACUUGUGCAUUUCAAACCACCUCUGUUAGUCUUUGCAUUCACCUUUGGUAUGUUUAUUUCCAAUAGUGCAGGAGUGUAUAUACUGAAAUCCAGACUGGAACUAUUUAUAUUUCUCUCAAACCAUUCUGCCAUUUCAAAGGUGUGGAUCUGGUCGGAAGGACAUAUUUGUACAAUCCCGUUCAGAUGCUAUUGACUGCUUUGAUCUGUGAUGAAACGCUGUAAAAACUGACAUGGAUGAAAUGGAAUUAAAUUUGCAAUGUAUAACAAGCCAAAAAGAAAAGCAUCAUAUAUCCUUUCUUUUAUUGUACACUACAUGUCAAUAAAAGCAGUCUUUAUCAAA